AUGCCUCACUACUCGGCCUGGGGCCCCAGCGCCCAGCACCUUGCUCGCCUGCCCCCUACUCCACCUGAGUAUCACAACGCAUACAUGACCCCAAUGAGCACCACCUCCGAUCAGGGCUAUUACCCGGUGCAUGGCUAUCAUCACAGCCGUCACAGCUCUUCGCGAGAGCAUAGCGAGCGAUACUUGCAGAACCCGGCCUACACCGCUCAGCACUCAUCGCACGCGCAUCCUCGCAUGAGCCACUUGCCCUACGACGGUUACAGCCAUGGCCUCCCUACUUACCAGUAUGCGACUGCUCCUGCGCCGAUUCUUCCUCCCAUCCAGGCCCCGGGUGGUGCUAUUGAUCCAUUUCACUAUGGUCAUCAAGAGAAGAAGGAAGAGAAGCCGACCGGCGGCGUCGCGCAGCAUCUCGACUAUGAGAUGGAUUUGAUGGCAUCUUUCGUUGCCGAGAUGGCCCAGAAACUGGUCCUUCCUAGUUCAGAGCCGCCGAGAGAGUUCCGCAAGUACGUCUCGCAGAUACUCUCUUCGACUCGUCUGCCGAGCUCCACCAUCAUGCUUGGUCUGUUCUAUCUCGCAUCAAGAAUGAAGAUGGUCACAGAGCUUCGCCAAGACAUGUCUCAAUCGGGCACCGUCUACCGAAUGCUGACUACCUGUCUGCUUCUGGGGUCAAAGUUCUUGGACGACAAUACCUUCCAGAACAAAUCCUGGGCCGAGGUCAGCAGCAUCCCUGUGGUUGAGCUGAACAUCAUGGAGCUUGAAUGGCUUCAAGGCUUCAACUGGGAAAUCCAUCAGUUGAUGUACGAGGAAGAAGAUGGCUUCUUCAGUUGGAUCGAGCUCUGGCAUGCCUAUGAGAAGAAAGCAAAGGCCAUCAAGGCUAAAGAGAUGCACAAGUUGGCUCCUCUUGAGACCAAGUUUGCGCCUCGCUUUGGUGCCCAGCACUCCAUCCUCAUGUCACCAGACAAUCCCAUCCCACCCCAGUACCAGCAGGGCUCCCAGUACGACACCCAGUGGGCUCGCCAGUACAUGUCAGAGUAUUCGCCUCCUUCGGCACCGCACAGUGGACCUGCCACUCCGGAGUACUAUCCCAAUCAGUGGUCGUACGCGCAGGCGCCAUCGUACAAUCGCCAAGGCUUCAACUACGGAGCCCAGUCGGGCUAUCAGCAUACUCCACACUACCAAUCCUACGGGUAUCAGCAACCUUGGGCUCACGGUGCCAACUGUGGAUGUAGUCUAUGCGCCAAGCAUUCUGACUAUUACUUCUCCCAUGGCGGCUACCCUGUGCAGACUGUCGUCGGAUAA